AUGGCCUCAAACAAACGCUUGGCCAACACACGAGACGUGGAGGCCAACCUGGCCAAUCUCUUCAAGCAAUUCUAUCACGAUAUCGUCAGCCAGGCUGGCCGCAUCGGGCCAGAUUUGCGCAUUCUUCAUGGCGCGACCGAGGCGGCCUUGGCCGGUGGCGUAGUAGAUGAUCGCGAGUAUUUCGUUGAAAACAUAAUUCAACUCGAGGCGUCGCUACCCAACGGCUCUACAGCCAGGGGUAGCCUCAACGCGGCGUUCAUAAAUAGGUUGUGGAACAACCUUCGACACCCACCCCUUUCGUACUUGGGAGAUGAGUUCAGGUACCGCACCGCUGAUGGGUCUAAUAACUUGAGGAACUCAUCAUAUCUUGAUUUGUCCCCUCUCUACGGCAAAAACGCAGAAGAGCAGACCAAGGUCCGGACUUUCAAGGACGGGCGGCUGAAGAAUGAUGUUUUUUCCGAAGACAGACUUCUGACGCAACCUCCUGGCGUUGGUGCUCUGAUGAUUGCCUUCAAUCGUUUCCACAAUUACAUGGUUGGAGAAUUGGCAACCAUCAACGAGGACGGGCGUUUCAGCCUUGCCGAAGGCGUGACACAAGGCCAACCAGAUUACGACAAGGCACAGCUGAAGCGCGACAACGAUCUGUUCCAGACAGGGAGACUUGUCACAUGUGGCCUCUAUGUGAAUAUUAUCCUGUCAGACUACCUCCGGAGUAUCCUAAACCUCAACCGGAAUCCCGUCCCUUCCGACUGGAAACUCGACCCUCGAGAGGAUUUCAGUCAAGUGUUCGAUUCACAGGGGACUCCUCUGGGAAUUGGGAAUCAAGUGGCACAGCGCUAUACCAUGUCCACCGACGACUUCCUGCAAGGGAUCCGCAAAUGGAGCUCCGAUCUGCCAGGGGAUCCGGGGAACUGGACAUUUGGUGGCCUUAUACGACAAGAAGAUGGGACAUUUCCGGAUGCUGAGUUGAUUCGGCUUCUGCAAGCAGGAACCGAGAAUAUUUCCGGCAAAAAUAUUCCCCGUGUUUUCAAGGCCCUGGAGGUUUACGGGAUACAGCAAGGGCGUCAAUGGGGCUUGGCGACGUUGAAUGAAUUCCGGCUGUUUUUCAAGCUGAAGCCAUACACGACUUUUAAGGGCAUUAAUCCGGAUCCGCUUGUUGCUGAAGCGCUGGAGGCGAUAUAUAGACAUCCAGACAACGUCGAACUCUACCCGGGGCUUCUAGCUGAAGAGACCAAGAAUCCCAUGGUGCCAGGCUCUGGAUUGUGUCCUGGAUUCACCACCUCUUUUGCGAUCCUGUCCGAUGCUGUUGCACUCGUUCGUGGCGAUAGGUUUUUCACGGUCGACUACAGCCCGUCGAACCUAACCAGCUUCGGAUAUACGGAGACUAGUUCUGACUUUGACGUUGCUGGAGGCGGAGUGAUGUACAAGCUCUUGAUGCGGGCGUUCCCUGGAUGGUACCGCGCAAAUAGCAUCUACGCGCUAUAUCCCUUCACUACGCCCGAGGCAAACCUUGAGACCUUCAAGAAGCUCGGCACAUCACAGAGGUUUGACUUCGGCAAGCCUUCGUUUAUUGGGCGGCCGACUCCAAUAACUACGUGGCAGGGGGUGGUGGAUGUUCUUAGUGACCAGGAGCGCUUCCAUGUACCAUGGGGCAAUCACACGUUCCAACUGACCCAUCAUGACUACAUGCUUAGCGGAGACGCCCCGGCGAAUACUGAACAGAGACAUUUUGUCCAGAAGUGCCUCUACAGUCCGGAGAACGGCCUCGAGGAAGUGAAACAGUUUUACGAGUCCAUCACCGCCAAGCUUAUUCGCCAGCAUAGCCACAAGAUCGGCGAGUCCCACCAGAUGGACAUUUUAUUCGACAUUCCUCUCCAGGAAAAUGGGGCAGGAUCCGACAACUACACAGGUAGGGAGCUGAGUGAUGUGCUUGCUAAUCUCUUCGGUUACGUCUUCCUCGACUUGGACACUGCCGAGUCAUUCAAGAAUCGCAUUAUAGCUGAAGCAGAUACGAAAAACCUUGGCGAGAAAAUGCAAGCCAGGGUUGCGGGGAUCAGAGCGCAAAGCUUCCCUUCCCUGCGUCAUGUGCUGCAACUACGCUCCAGUGAUGGAGCUCUAAAAAGCUACGGCGCGGAACUGGUCGAGAGACUGCUUGGGUCCCGGAAAGGGGUCGACGAGGCUGUGUGGACAAUUAUUCCCACUGCUGCUGCUGCAAGUGCUACUCAGUCGCAGGGUUGGGCUCAGAUGAUCGACCUGUACCUGUCUGACAAGUACCGCUCUCAUUGGCCUGCAAUCCAGAAGCUCGCGACGUCAGACGAGCCGGAAGCAUUCGACAAGCUGAAGAAGUACGCCUUGGAGGGCUUCCGCCUCUCCACUCCAGCCUUUGGGCUUCUCCGAACCGUCGUUGCAGAUACAAUGGACUUGAAAGACGGCCCCCGAGUUGUACCCGUGAAGAAGGGUGAUUCCAUAUUCACAGACUUUGUGACCGCCGGUCUGGACCCUUCCAAGUUUCCUGAUCCCUACGAGAUCAAGCUGGACCGGCCGGAUCACCUGUACAUCCAUCACGGCUGGGGCCCUCAUGCUUGUCUCGGCCGCCCGAUUGUGACCGUUGCCGGUGCCAGCAUGCUACGUGUGUGUGCCCGGCUGAGCAAUCUUAGAAGAGCACCAGGCCCCGCUGGAGAGAUGAAGAGCAAAACGGUAAAUGAAGCAUUCAAGGUGUACUUGGCUGAGAAUGGGAGCAAGUGGGGACCGUUUCCUGUUUCCAAAAUGGUCAUCUUUGAUAAGACCCCUAAUAUGUGA